AGGACAGCGCUGCCCGCAGCGAGAGCGCCCCAUCCAGGCACACGGACCGACGGACGGACGGACGGAGCUGCAGAAUUCGAAUGCUGCGGAGGAGAGCGUGGGCAGCUGUCAUUUAGAUGUUGAUAUGUAAAGCAAAAUGGCAAAAAUCAACACCCAGCACUCCUACCCUGGUGUACACAGUCUAUCGGUCAGAGCUGCUGAUGAAGAUAUCGAAAGGAUUGAAAAUGGCUAUAUCAGAGCCCAUUCAUUUCGUGAGGAUGCAUCUUCAGAACUGCAGGGAGUCAUUUCUGUGGAGGGAGGACAUGUACCUGAGUCCCAGGCGAGCUCCUUCACUGGCAGGGGAGCAAUGGCAAGGCUGUCCCAGUUUGUGCUGUCUGUGAGGUCCUGGGCCACGAGGCACUCGCGCCGUGAGGACCAAAGGCCCGACUCUUUCCUGGAGCGCAUCCGGGGCCCAGAGCUCGUGGAGGUGUCCACCAGGCAGAGCAACAUCCGCUCCUUCCUGGGCGCCCGGGAGCGGCCCGGGGCAGCCAGCAGUCACUGGCCCUUGGCCAGGUUCAAUGUCAACUUCAGCAACAACACUAAUGAAGACAAAAAGGAAGAAAAGAAAGAGGUUAAAGAGGAGAAAAAAGAGGAAAAGAAAGAGGAGAAAAAAGAGGACAAAAAAGAGGAAAAGAAAGAUGACAAAAAAGAUGACAAAAAAGAUGAUAAAAAAAAGGAAGAGCAGAAAAAGGAGGUAUUUGUGAUAGAUCCUUCAAGCAAUCUGUACUACAACUGGCUGACUGUAAUUGCAGCACCCGUGUUCUAUAACUGGUGUAUGCUAGUGUGCAGAGCCUGCUUUGAUGAGCUACAAAUGGACCAUAUUAAAAUGUGGCUGUUCUUGGAUUAUCUCUCUGAUAUUAUCUAUGUUUUUGACAUGUUCGUCAGGUUCAGAACAGGCUUCCUUGAACAAGGCUUGCUAGUUCAGGAUGAGAAGAAGUUACGAGAACAUUAUACCAAAACUGUGCAGUUCAAACUGGACGUGCUGUCUCUUGUGCCAACAGACCUGGCAUAUAUCAAGCUUGGUUUGAACUACCCCGAGCUCCGGUUUAACCGCCUGCUGAGGAUCGCUCGGCUCUUUGAGUUUUUUGAUCGUACUGAGACCAGGACAAAUUAUCCAAACAUGUUCCGCAUUGGCAAUCUGGUGUUGUACAUUCUCAUCAUCAUCCACUGGAACGCCUGCAUCUACUUUGCGAUAUCGAAGGUGAUCGGGUUCGGAAGCGACACCUGGGUGUAUCCCAACGUGUCCGUGCCGGAGUACGCGCGCCUGUCCCGGAAGUACAUUUACAGUCUGUACUGGUCAACGCUGACGCUGACCACCAUCGGGGAGACACCGCCCCCGGUGAAGGAUGAGGAAUAUCUCUUCGUGGUCAUCGACUUCCUGGUGGGCGUGCUCAUCUUCGCCACCAUUGUCGGGAACGUCGGCUCUAUGAUUUCCAACAUGAAUGCUUCCAGGGCAGAGUUCCAGGCCAAAGUGGAUUCCAUUAAACAGUACAUGCAGUUCCGAAAGGUGACUAAGGAUUUGGAAGCCAGGGUUAUUAAGUGGUUUGAUUACCUCUGGACCAACAAGAAAACGGUAGAUGAGAAGGAAGUUCUCAAAAAUCUGCCUGACAAGUUGAAGGCUGAAAUUGCCAUCAACGUCCAUUUGGACACGCUGAGGAAAGUGCGUAUAUUCCAGGAUUGUGAAGCUGGACUUCUCAUUGAGCUGGUGCUGAAACUGAAACCUACGGUCUUCAGUCCUGGUGACUACAUUUGCAAAAAAGGAGAUAUUGGAAGAGAAAUGUACAUUAUUAAAGAGGGAAAAUUGGCUGUGGUGGCGGAUGAUGGUAUAACCCAAUUUGUAGUCCUAAGCGAUGGCAGCUACUUUGGUGAAAUCAGCAUCCUAAACAUCAAAGGUAGCAAAUCUGGCAACAGGAGGACAGCCAACAUUAGGAGUAUUGGUUAUUCUGAUUUGUUCUGCUUGUCUAAGGAUGAUUUAAUGGAAGCCCUCACAGAAUAUCCAGAUGCCAAAAAGGCUCUGGAAGAGAAAGGACGUCAAAUUCUGAUGAAAGACAAUUUAAUAGAUGAGGAGGCAGCAAAAGCGGGAGCUGACCCAAAAGACUUGGAAGAAAAAAUAGGACGACUUGAAGUAGCUCUGGAUACGCUGCAGACUAGGUUUGCAAGGCUCAUGGCAGAAUACACUGCAUCUCAACAAAAGGUGAAACAGAGACUUGCCAGAGUAGAAACCCGAGUAAAAAAAUACGGUAGUGGCAGCUUAUCAAUUGCAGAAGCAGAGGCUGAAAAACCUGAGGAGGAGAAAAAGUAAUGGAGUAUUUAUAUUUCCUCAUUUAUUGGAGAAGGUUGAAGCACUGAAAGCCAUAAAUGUAUGUAAAUAUGUGUGUGCAUACAUAGACAUAAUUAUUUUUAUAUGAACUCAAGAGAAUGGUUUUUAGCAUUUUUAACUGAAGCAGUAUUUUCUUGUAAACAGAACACUGUCACCUUCUUCUUGGGGGGAGAUUUGGUCCAGCACUUGGUACUUUUUUGUACUGAGAGUGGGCUUCUUACAAGUCAUGCUCAGAAUGUCUGCUGUGUUUGGUACCUGUAGGUCUUGACACAUUGUCUCUUCCUGCACAUCAUGCGUUAAGAAGGCAUUGUAUUUGAAGUAGAAGAGAUUAAAUUUUUCCUUUUUAAGAGCUUAAAAAAUGUUCAUAGGGUACCCUGCUCUAACUUGCUACUUUAGUAGCUGAUUAAAUGCAUGGAUGGAUGUCUGGGUUUCUCAAAAUUUUUGUUCUUUCACAGUCUGUGCAGACAGUUGGACAACAGCUAAGCAGUGUCAGGUACCUGGCCAUUGCAGUGCACCCUGCACGUGUCUGAAACAGCCGUGUGCUCAAUGCUUUAGUGUGAUUCUCUCUGAUGAGCUGGGCUCUGCACAAAGGACCAUGCUGACCGAGUAGCAGUGCUCAUUCAUGUCCCUUCUGGCAGGGUCUGUGACAGCCUUUGCUGCUCUGCAAUUGCUUCGCCAGGGGAGAGAGCGGGGAAUGCUCCCUUGUGGAUUUUUAGCCCAGUUCCAUCAGCACUGCUAAAACCCUUGCUUGGAAAGGAGUCCCCCUAAGGGUGAUACAGUUUCACCAAACCUGGGAGGAGAAAAGAGGGCUCUGGUGUGUGCAGCUCCCCUGUGUAGGGUGCUGAGUGAACUCCCUGGCAAGUGGGCAGUCCCGAGGGACUGCCUGAGCUACUGAGAAAUCCCAUGGACUGGCAGGGCAGGCUGUCACUGCCUGCCAGGCAGCUUGCUCCCACAACAGGUUUUCUGCAAGGCAAGGAGAACAAGCCCUGUGAUGCAAAGUCAUUCUGGUCACUUAGGCCUAUGUUUUCUUCCUUUUUAUUUUUUCUGAGGAUGUCUACUCCAUCUCCCUGUGCUGUUUGCUGCCAUCUUUUCUCCAAAGUAGUUGUCACACUACCUUGUUUCUAUUAGUUGGGGAGAAUGCAGAAGGUACUAGCUUUCAUUUUUUGCUGUACAGUAUUUUGCUGUCAUGCAACUUCCCCAAUGUUACUUUAAUCCUCCUGUAUCUCACUGGCUUUUGGAAAGUGUGGAAUAGCAGAGGCUGUUCAGCAUUUAUGGCGUGGGAUCCUCCAGUGGCAUUAGGUAUUACUAUGGGCAGUGCUCUGACUUUAGUUGUCCUCAGGCCUGAGUUAUGACAGCAUCUGGGAUCAAUGGCCGGUUGGAAAAUUGGUGAGGAGCCUGCUGAGAAGAGGGUGGUUUAACUGGGUGACAGCGGAAUGAAAAGUGACAGUUUUGCUAAACUGAGUACAACUGCUUAGAGUAAGUCCUCGUCUCCAGGCAAGCAGCUGUUCCCUUCUAUUGACACUUUUGAGCCUGGUGAGGGAGACAAAUCUGUCAGUGAUUAAAGAAUGGAGCUUUGCCAGCAACUCUGGCAAAGGGACAACUGGGUGGUAAUGUCCACACAUGGCCCUUGUCUAAACUCCUGUUAGUGUUAGCCUAGAAGCCAGCUAUGCUUAUGGAUCUUCCCUAGAUUGGGCUUAACCUCUAUUAUCAAUAUAUCCACUGAUUGUAAUAAGUAGUUUGGAAAACAGUCAGUGUCUCUUUGUGGCCAGUGGCACUCAGGAGUAUUGGUUCAUCAGCUGAAUCUUGGCCUUAUCUUCUUUAAGGGCUUGAGAGAAACAGGGGAGCUCUGAGAGGCUGUUUUUGGCAGGGUGUAGUGCCCUUGGUCCCACCCAGGGGCAGGCAGGGCUGCAAUGGAGCUGGGCUCACUGCAGGGUGCCCCUGUGAGCGCAGCCAGGGCUGUCACAGGCUGCUCAACUUCCCUUUGUGACAGAGCCGGGUACCACACUCGCCUUGGCUGACACUCACUGGUGUGACUCAAACCACAUGUAUGUGGUAGGAGUUUCAUGCAUAUUGACAUGUUCUCCAUCAUUCUCUGUAAAUACCCAACAGAGCACAGCUGUUCCAGCCCACUAGGUAUGUAUGAGUAAAACUGUUCAAAGUACCCUUUAUACCAAAUUUAUACCUGUUUAAAAACCCUAAAAACCACAGGACUGCAUCUUUACCUGGUGGAUCAGAACAGCCUCAUCUAUCAGUUAAAUACAUGUUUGCUUUUCCCUUUCCGUGCCUCUUGAUCUGGUUUUCAUACACCAGAAAAAGAGCAUUUUGAUGCUAUUGGCUUCAGUCACUCUGAAACAUACAGCUUCUGGCAUGAUGAAAUCACAUCCUUUGGCAUCUUUCAUCUCUGUAAGAUGUUUUUUUCCUCUUCUUUAAUGUGGCUAAAGCAUGUACAUUAAAAUAUUUUGAGUAAUGUUCAA